AUGAAUUUAACUAUAGAUGGUAAAUAAAAAGUGAACUAAUUUCUUGGAUUACUCAAGAUUUUCUCACAUCCUCUUAUCAUCUGUGAUUAUCAAAGUAAUGUUCUUUUAUCAUCUUAGAAAUGUAAUUCUCAGAAAUACCAGAGAAUCAGGACUUCAAUGAGUUCAAUAAUACUGAUUCCCCUGCUUUUUUUGCCUAAUUAGACAGCGAUUUCUUUACUCAGUUCCAAACCUAAAUUAGAGAAAACCAUCUUUUAUUCACUCAAUCCCACUUUUCUAACUUUGAAUUAUAGUCUGAAGUCACUAUUCUUAAUUCAUAAUUAAAGUAUAUAUGUUCCUAUGUACCUACUGAUAUAAUUUACAAAUCUAUUAAACCAUUGAUCAAAUCUCAAAUCAAAUAAAUCAAGCUAUCAUUUGCUUAUAUGAUUUAAGAUUCUUAUUAAGAUGAAAAAAAAAUUUAGUUACAAUUUAUGCUAGGAACCUAUUCAGAAGAUGGUUAUUUUACGAUCAUCAAACCAAUUUCAUAAUUAACUCCUAGAAUUUUUGAAUUGCCACUCCUAUAAAAUCAUUUGAUUAGUUUCAAUUAUUUAAGUUGCAAAACCAUUCUUUAAUAAAUGAAAUCUCAUUCAAUUUAAAUGCUUUUUAGUAAAGAUUUUAUUCAAUUUAAUCCAAUUUCAUUUAACUCAGAAUUAGUUGAAAUUCAAGCUCCUUCACUCACCCAUUAUGAUUAAAUCUUUAUUGAAAAAUUAUAUGGUGAAAUGAAAACAUAAUCAAUUUAUUCAAAAACAUUCAAUCCUAUAUUUAAUUUUAGUAAAAAGUAUAAAAUAGACUGUUCAAUUUAUAUAAAACCCUCAAAGUAAUUUACUAAUCAAAACGCAAUUUUUUACUUUGUUUAUAAUUAAUAACACCUUCUCCUUUGUAGCAGACAAUAAGUUAUCUUAAAUGAUCAAAGCUAACCUCAAGCCAGAAUAUUUCAUCAUACCGAAUUACUUAAGGAAAUUUAAUUUAUUCAGAGUAAUAUAAAAAAGAAAAAUACAGAUUUCUAAAAUAAUACAACUAAUUAUAAAAACUCUCCAUCGUUUAUAUGCGAUAAUCCUCCACUCAAAUUAGAUUGCUCUGAAGUCUUGGAUAGCAACACUAAAAUAUUUAAUCAGCCAGAACCUUUACUAUUUGUGCCUCCAAAAGUCACUGGAUCUAUAAGUUAAGCGAUUCAAGACUUUAUGACUAGGUAAUCUUACCAAUAACUUCGUGUAAAUUCUUAAAAAUUUUCAAAAAGUUUUCAGAACUGA